CACAAGCGAGGAGCGGCAGGAGGGAAGAUGCGGACGGAGGAGAGGGCCGCCGCACGAGAGCCCAUUUUGGAGGAAGGCUCGGGACGAGAGCAGCAACGUCCGAUCCGGCGGUCGGCGGCGGCGUCUCUGUGCCGGGAGUCGCACUGGAAGUGCCUGCUCCUGAGCCUCCUGAUGUACGGCUGCUUCGCCGCGCUGAUCUGGUGCGCCCUGUGCCGCGUGCCCGUGCUCAGCUCGUCGCCGGUGCGCGUGGCUGCCGCCGGCGCCAGCAACUCCACCACCUCGACCGCCUACUACAGUGACGUGCGGCGCCUGGAGAGCCCGUGCUCCGGCGGCUACCUCUACAUCCCGCUGGCCUUCCUGGCCAUGCUCUAUGUGGUCUACCUGGUGGAGUGUUGGCACUGCUUCUCCAAGACGGCUGUGUUGGCGCACGCUGAAUUCCAGGACGUGUACGAGCGCGUGCAGCGGCUCCAGCAGGCCACGCCCUGCAUUUGGUGGAAGGCCAUCAGCUACCAUUACGUGAGGAGGACUAGGCAGGUGACAAGAUACCGCAACGGAGACGCGUACACGACCACGCAGGUCUAUCACGAACGCGUCAACACUCACGCCUCCAGCUCCGAGUUUGACUACGCCCGCUACGGCGUCAAAGACGUGUCUAAGGAGCUGCUGGAGCUGCAGUUGCACUCGGCGGUUCGCCUCCGCUUCACCAAGUGCUUCAGCUUCUCCAGCGCACGUUCUGAGGCUGCCUAUCUCACCCAGCGAGCACGCUUCUUCGGCGAGAACGAGGGCCUGGACGACUACAUGGAGGCCAGGGAGGGCAUGCACCUGAAGAACGUGGAUUUCCGCGAGCACAUCCUGGCCUUCCCGGACCCCUCGCACCAGCCGUGGUUUUCCAAGUAUUGGGUCUUCUGGCUGGCCUCGGCUUUCCUGCUCUCGUGGCCGCUGCGCGUGCUGUCUGAGUACCGCACGGCCUACGUGCACUACCACGUGGAGAAGCUGUUUGGGGAGGACGAGGAUCCGGCGGCGGCGGCGGCGGAGGAGGCAGGGGAGACGGAGAACGGAGGGGCGGGCAUGGCGGCCAUCCCAUGCAUCGCGGCUCUGAAUGGGUCCAGCUACAGAGCCAUCUCCCGGGUCAACACGGUGGACAUGACUGAACUGGAGUGGCACAUCCGCUGUAACCAACAGAUGGUUCCCAGCUACUCUGAGGCCAUCCUCAUGGACUUGGACAGCGGAGGCAGUGGCAGCGGCAGGACCGACAACUCCGCCGCGUUCACGCCCGUGUCUGGACCCCCGGGCACCACCCCCAACCCGGAGGGGAACCCACCUCCCCUGGCGCUGCCGGUGGUCUUCAACUCCACAUACCUCCUGCAGAGCUGCCCUCGAUGUCGGCGGACCGCGUCCAGCUGCAGUCUGCCCUCCCGACUGAGGACGCCCACGGGAACCGCCGCCCUGCUCAAUGCCACCGUGGCCGCCUUGAGGGCGGCCGGGCACGGCGGCCCGCCGGGCCGGCUGGUGCUCAGUCGAAGCGGAUUCUCCCUGGGUAGGCUCGGAGGAGGGAGGCGGAGCAGCCUCCUUCAUUCCUCCCGCAGCAUGGGAGGAGGCCCGGCGGGGAGUCGGGAGGACGGCGGCGGCGGCGGCGGCGGCGGCUCUUUCCCAGGCUUGGGAUCCCGGCAGGACGACGAGGAGAGCCGAGGUGUGCUGCAGGCCGAAGGCGAUGACCAAGACGAGCGGGAGGCGGACGAGGGGAGGGGCGAGGACGGCCGCAGCCAGAGGGCCGGGCGAGACGGAGGAGGCCUCUUCCGGAGGGAUCGCCCGCCUUCCUACCAGGAUGCCUUCUUCUUCCCUGUGCUCAUUGUCCACGGUGAUGAAAGCUGCCAUGCCGGGGAGCGCCUCUGAACACGCAAUGCAGGCUGGCUUUGGACUCGCCUACACCGAAAAAGGGCUUCUCUAUCGGACGGACAAAGCAGCGCUCUUUAUCUUAGGCAUGGUUUCACUUGAGCACAAAAUCAGUUGCCCCGCCCCAAAACUUUGCCAGUGCAGCGAGCCAAGACGGACGGAAGCUGGCUUCUGGAUCAAUCUAUGCAAGAGCAGGAGGAGGAGGAUAGGGGAGGAGCAGGAUAGGGGAGCCGCAACGACAUUGCCUCACCUGGCCCGGAGUCCAGAUCUUCCGCACAGCAGCGCACCCACCCAUUCAGGCAGGCAGAAACGCCUUUGUGGAACACCCGAGCGUCUUCCGCAGCACUCUGGUGCGAGCACAUCACUUGCUACGAGCACAUCAGCUGCUGCAAGCGAGGCCCCUCCCUCCCUCCCUCCCUCCCUUCGCAGGUACGGCGAGCACACGUGGAUGAAGAUGGCCUCCAAUCAGCCACGAUGACAUGAAAUCGGACAUAAAAGUCAAACCGGCGAGUAUUUCAUCUAUCUAUUCAUCUAGUACGUAUGGAUUUAUUUCAUUAUUGUUCCUUUGAUUUGAUUGUACGGACGGAACGCACUUGGGCAAUAAUCUAUCGCUCGCUCGCUCGCUCUCAGUCUCUCUCUCUCGCUCGCUCUCAGUCUCUCUCUCUCUCUCGCUCUCUCUAUGCUGUAAGCAUUUGGCCACCAAACUGAAAUAGUCAGCGCGUGCACCGCGUUCCCGUUUAGCGAGCUUGUCGACGGGACUUCCAGGCGCUCUCCGACAUCAUGGACAUGUCCUCCUCCCGCGUCGCCUUCGUGCGGCGUCUAGCGCCGCGUCGAGCUGGCAGCAAAAUAUCGAAGAAGCACUUCUCCACCCGGCCACUCACCCUGACUCAGACAAGGUACAAACCAAAUCUGACAUGGUGGAAAGUGAGUCAUUGUCCUUGAAAUUCACGCUCGAGCAUGCGCUUUGCCUCGCCUCGCCGCUGUCUUGAAAUCCGCCACAAAUCCGCCCCGGCCUCCCAAAAAUAAAACAACCCCAAGAUCGUCGUGUCUUUUCAACCAGAGGCGUAGCCAAGCCGGGGCCGCGCCCCGGUUAGGACUCCCUGCGCCCCGGUUGAAAAAAAAUCGAGCUUUUUCGAUUCUUCAUCUUCAUGCCGUUUUUCUCUUUCGGUCUGUGCUUGCGCUAUUCUAUGUGCGCGAUGUUAUCCAUUCACCGUUUGCCUCCCGGACCCGGAUGUUGUUUUAGCGAUCAGCGAACGGCGUGGGUGAUGUUCGAUUUUUUUUUCCUGUGGGCGCGCGCCCCUACUGGAAGAAUUCCUGGCUACGCCUCUGUUUUCAACUCAACUUUUCAUUGGCUACUUCAGGGAUCGUCAACGGUGAAGGAGUGGAACUCUUUACGAGCCCUAGGCUUCGUCUCCCUCCUUGCACAGUUAUUGAUAUAACAAUAUGUGCUAAACAAUAAACUAACUAACGGUGGUCCGCGGCCCUCUAGCGGCCCGUGGUGGUAUUACGUGUGGUCUACAAAAUGGAAAAGAAUUAUAACUUUUGUCCAAAUAAAAUUCCAGCUCAUUUUGUCAAUCAUUGGCCCUCUAGCGGUCCGUGGUGGUAUUACGUGGGGUCUACAAAAUGGAAAAGAAUGAUAACCUUUGUCCAAAUAAAAUUCCAGCUCAUUUUGUCAAUCAUUUACCCAUCCAAAGUAUGUCACAUGUAGCUGAGAUUCCCAAAAUACAUACAGAUGCAAAUAAAUAGCCUGUAUAGGUCUAUCCUCCUUUGGUGCAAAAUAAAAUAAUAUUCUGCCAA